AUGGAAGCGAUGGAGCAGAAGAAGAGCGUGCUGAAGGAGCCGGCGGCGGUCGCGAUUGGGAAGGAAAAAGAGUUGGGGGAGAAAGGCAUGGAGAGGAAAAGAGAGAGAGAGGGGGAAAAGAAGGGGACCAGAGGAAACAGAGGAUGGGAAAGCAGAAAGAUAGAAAAGCAAAAGGUGGGAGAGUGUGGGCGGGUCGGGAACGGCGGCGCGUGA